UACCAGCGAGCAUACAUUAAGCCAUGCGUCGUGCUUUGGCUGCCGUGGCUGCUCUUCGUCGUUGUGGUCCUCAGCGGCGAUACGCGCACGCCAAGUGCCAAGCGAACAACGCGCGACUCUCUCCGGUGCCGUACCUGCAGCGCGCCGCCAUGUUGAACCCCGACAAGACGGCGGUCAAGUACGGUGACGACAUCUCCCUGACCUACAGCGAGUUGAUGACGGAGACGAGACAACUGGCCAGCGCUGUGUCGAGAGCCGGCGUGCUCCCCGGGCAGGUGGUGUCAGUCUUGGUGCCCAACGUGCCCGUCGCGAUCACCUGCCACUUCGCCAUCCCCGGGAUGGGGGCGACGCUGCACAUGAUCAACACCAGGCUGGACGCCAGAGCGGUUGCGUUUCAGCUCGAGCAUGCAGAAAGCAAGCUUCUGAUCGUUGACUGCGAGCUCGCUGGCAUUGCAAAGGACGCCCUCGAGAUGAUAGAAGACGAGAGCAAACGGCCGCACCUCAUACAGGCGGAGGACCCGAUGCACGCCGAGUGGUCCGCAACUGACGGAGAGGAACUGAGGGAUUUUAUGAGGACGGGCGACCCGAACUUCGAGUUGCCCGGAGCUGAGCACGAGGACGACGCGAUUGCGCUAUCUUACACCAGCGGUACCACUGGAAACCCCAAAGGGGUUCUCACGCACCACCGCGGCGCCGCUCUGAACUCCAUGAGCGUGAGCAUAACGUGGCCGCUAGUGGGCGGAGACGUUAAGUAUUUGUGGACACUCCCCAUGUUCCACUGCAAUGGUUGGUGUCUUCCCUGGGCCAUCACCGCGGUCGUGAUGAACUUGUUGCUUGGUGCGACGGAGGAAGAGAAGGCGCCGGUGACGGAAAGGAUGCCACCCCGAGUGAUACAGAUGAUGACAGGAGGAGCUGCGCCUCCCCCGUCCGUGAUGCGCGAAUUGGAGCAGGAGCUCGGCAUCCGACCACUUUCUGCCUACGGUCUGACAGAGGUUUACGGUCCAUGUACGUCUAAUCUCUGGGACGAUAGCUGGGACGACCUGGAAGAGGAUGAACGAGGCGCACGGCUUCCCUGGCAAGCUCCCUCAUUGGUCCACGAAAUGUACGUAGCCGAGAAGGGAGGAUUCGAUGCUGUCCCCGCAGAUGGCGUUACGCUGGGGGAGGUCCUACUCAGAGGCAACGCCGUGAUGAAGGGAUACCUCAACAACGAGGAGGCCACGAAGGAAGCAUUCGAUCAGGGCCAGUGGUUCAGGACGGGAGAUAUGGCCGUCCAGCACCCGGGGGGGCGUGUUGAGAUCAAGGACAGAGAGAAGGACAUCAUCAUUAGUGGAGGCGAGAAUAUUUCCUCGAUAGAGGUGGAAACAGCGCUGCACCAGCACGAGGGUGUCCUGCACGUGGCCGUGGUGGCGUUGCCGGACCCCUUCUGGGGAGAGACGCCGGUCGCGGUGAUUGAAGCCAAGCCUGGCGCAAAGGUGUCGGGAGAAGACAUCAUCUCCCACGCCAGAAGCAUCCUCGCCAAAUUCAAAUGCCCGAAAUGCCCGAUCAAGGAUGUCAUAUUCAGAGAGCUUCCGAAGACAGCUACUGGAAAAAUCCAGAAGCAUGUGCUGAGGGCUGAGCUUCUGGCCGAGCGUACUGCAAAAACAAAAUCUAAUGUUCCCCAGUGAGGCUAGUGACGGUCGUGGAACUUGCGCUUUCGAGUCGAGAGCGUUCGUGUAGUAGAUGUUGAAGACUCGUGGUACAUACAGACCAAUAUUGAUGCCCUGGCGACGGGAAUUGUUCAAUUCGUAUUGUUGCUCAAGAACGCGACUAUUUGGACUUUGCCGGGAGGAAGGCAAGUUUAUCUUCCACAGGUAGCUGUUCUCGAGUGGGCGUAAGACCGUAGAGAGACCCGAGUUGGCCUCUGCGAAAUGGAGUUUUAGAUACUCCGGAGUAUAUGUGUGACUGCGAAGGUUUUGAGAGGCAAAUUCAUGCCUGAUUUGCUUGCAUUAUGCAUUCAAUGUAUCUUGAAAUAUGCGGUGAUG